GCCCCGCCCCUUCCUGCCGUGCCUCCACGCACGCAAAUCGGCCCCAGGGAACGUUGCCUCCACGCGCGCUCGCACGCUCGGUGCGUGGUGACGUCGCGGCGGCGCGGGCGCCAUCCCGGAAGCGUGAGCAAGGCCGCCAGAUGUGCAGGCAGCGGAGGAGGAGGACGAGAUGGACCCCCCGGACUCGGCCUCGAGGGUCUUCUGCAGCCGCGUCCUGAGCAUGGUGAACGUGGAUGACGUCAACGCCAUCAUCCUGGCCCAGAAGAACAUGCUGGACCGCUUUGAGAAGACCAAUGAGAUGCUGCUGAAUUUCAACAGCCUGUCCAGCGCACGCCUGCAGCAGAUGAGUGAGCGCUUCCUGCACCACACGCGGACCCUAGUGGAGAUGAAGCGUGACCUAGACAGCAUCUUCCGCAGGAUCAGGACGCUGAAGGGGAAACUGGCCCGGCAGCACCCAGAGGCCUUCAGCCACAUCCCAGAGGCGUCCCUCCUGGAGGACGAGGACGAAGACCCCAUCCCGCCCAGCACCACCACCACCAUCGCCACCUCAGAACAGAGCACAGGCUCAUGUGACACCAGUCCUGACACUGUCUCGCCCUCCCUCAGCCCUGGCUUCGAGGACCUGUCCCACAUCCGGCCCAGCUCCCCUGCCAUCAAUGGCCGGAGCCAGACAGAUGAUGAGGAGACUCCGGGCGAGGAGUCCCAGUCUGGUGCCUCAAGGGCCUCAGGGCGGCCCUUCCCAGAACAUCUACUGCAGACUCCUCUGCCAUGCCAGGGCAUGCCCAUCCCAGCGGGAGUCGUGGGGCUGGGCACAGGGAACUUUUCCAGAGCUGGCCUGAGGUCUACUCUGAAUCCUACUGAAAAGGCUCCCAGAGACCAGAGCCAGAUAGCCCCCAACCCCUGGUCAGGACCUCCUUGAGGUGAACAAGCACUGUCACGUCCAAGAUCCCCCCCAGCCCGCCUCUGCACCUACGCAUUCUGGUUUCCCUGCCCCUUCCUCCCACAAAAGUAUUGAAUGCUGUCUCCGACUGGUAUCUCGAAGUUGUGAGACAAGUAGAAGGCUCGAGAUGGAGGCUAGCUAUCCAUUCAGUCCAAACCUGGUGAGGCCUAUGUGUCUCUAAAUAGGUUUGGAGCCCAGGACCCAGCAGGCCUCUCCCAGGAUCCCCCAGAGCAAGCCAAGCCACCUCGGAAAAGAGUUUAACGGAAUAUUUUUGUACCUGAUGUUUACAGAUGCUGUUGGGAAGUUAUCAAUAAAAAGACUCCGUUACUAAAAAGGCAA